AUGGCCACUCCUUCGAGGCCGAACCCAGGCGCGACGCCAACUCAUUUGACCUCCUCUCCUCACCCUUCGGCCGUACCCAUGGGCCGUGGCCUAUCACAUAAAUCUCCCUCUAACAUCAAAACUCCUUCAGCUUCGGGCACUGUUCAUGGCCAUCAUCUCAGCACAUCCUCGCAUCAAGGUGCUACACCUCUCACCGCGACAGCAGGAUUGGACGACCCGGUCUCGCUCAGCUCGCCGUCCGCUCUGCUAGCUCUCGGUGGCUUCACAGGCAUGACUCCGGCGUUGAAUGUGCAGGAUGGUUUAGUCAGCUCCGGAAUGAAUGAUAGCGAUAUCCGCGCUCUCGCUUUUGGUCUGGGAGGUUCACGCAAUCAUGAGGAGGAACGGCGAAAGCGCAUCGAAGAAGUUGUCCAGAUUCUACGCGGUCGGGUCGCAGGUCGAGGAGUAAGCCGAGAAGCAGUGGAGAGGCUGGGCAGGCUCGAAGGGUUUGAAUCUAUAUGGCAAGAUGAUAGUCUGAGCAUUGCUGGAAACUCUGUUGAUCUCGAAAUCGAGUUCUAUCCUGGGGAAGAUAAUGUCAAGGACGUUAGUUUGAGCUACGCAUCUCUCGAAGGAGAAAGCGAAAGCGAAAGACGAGAUGAAGCUACAAGUGUUCUCAAAAGCGACCUCAUUCAGACUCCGGAAGGACGUGAGAAUAGAACCUGGAAAUCCCUCAAAGGCUUCCAGAAUAAUCUCGAAAGGCUCGCGAAGCUCGAUCAUUUGAGUCAGGAGAUUAACUGCUUCGAGGCGGUCGAGAGCUUAUUUGAUAGUCUACAGAAAGUAUGGGACGCCGAGAAUCGGCGUGGGAAUUUUUACAGUGUCUUCGAUCACAUCUGUGCAGGGUCUAUCGGCAGACCCAGCUUGCACAAAAGAGGUCGUGUUGGAAUGGGACUUGAAUACUGGGUUGACGGCCACCAGAUACUGAAUGCAAACCAUAUCAAGAAAUCAGAGGACAGCAUGGCGGUUGAUACCGACGACAAUGAUGCAGAUAUACAAGACAAACUACGAAGCGUCACAAUUGAAUGUGAAGAAGGCUUUCCCUCAUUACGAAUUUCGAAAGAAUGGGUUGGGACGGAAGUGCUGAGUACAGUCGAGACCAAUGAUACAGCAAACUCCUCCGAAACGGUGGUCAAUUGGAUCGAGCCACCGCCUAUCCUGCAGCCAUCUGUCAGCGGGUUGGAUACAGGCAUGGUAGGCUCAGGGACGGCCAAUCGACGUUUUGUGGCGAAGCUAGAACCCCAUAUCCAUGUCCCGCUUUUGAUAGCAAACGACAUAUACCGACAUCUUGGUUUGGCUAUUCCUCAAGAAUACCGAACGACGACGUAUGACGACCUCUUGGUUUCUGGGUGGACAAGCGGUAGUAUGGAUAGUAACGAGUCAAUGGCUUCGGAGUCAUUGGAGAUGCCGGAGAAACGGCGAAGGACAGCUGUUUUAUCGUUUAAUGAGAAGAAUGAGCCUGUGCAGAGGAACCAUAGUUAUUCUUUUCAGGCUUUUGAAGCUGCGCCAGGAAUGACUAUCCGUGAAUUUCCAUUCUCUCAUCCGCGGCAACUGGCCGACAUUUUCCCAAUACUCCGACAAUAUAGUUUGUUGGCAACACUUUUGCAGAAAGUCUUCCCGCGUAAAGAGAUCAUUAGCCGAUCUGCCCAGUCGAAAGGAUCGUCAAAGGCGUCGGAUACAUUAUCAAUGUCUGGCAACUCGACAGCAACAACUGAACAAAUCAGCAUGCUUAGCAACGGAGAUACGAACGAAGAUCUUUUGAACAGCCUUUUGAGAGAAAGUACGGAUAGUACCGGCACGAUAUCUAUUUACAAUGAUCCUCAGACUGGAGACAAUAGUGACAUCCGAGUAGACAUCACGCUAAGAACGCAGGUCGGACAGGCGCCGUUGAUCAUAUUGUCGAUCACACUACCGGAAACAAGACAAAAAGCAUCAGUCAGUUUCGAAAUCAGACUAAACGGACGCGUGAACGUUAUCCAAGUCUCUGAUCUGGCGGGAUCAGAAAGCCAAAAUGACCAGUCACUGGCAAAGAUCCACAAGAGGCUGAAUCGUGUCCUGGAGGUAUCCGAGGAUUUAAGUAUUUUGGUGGAAUAUGUGGUGGGUCGAUUACGAGGGAUGUCAUAA